CGCGGGCGGGGCGGGGCGGGGCGGGGCGGGGCGCGAUGGCGGCCGAGCUGCGGGAGGCGCUGGAGCGGCGGCUGCGGGACCUGGGCAUCGCCACCGUCAUCGCCGAACACCCCCAGGUGUUCACUGUUGAAGAAAUGAUGUCCCACGUCCAACAAAUGGAAGGAGGUCACAGUAAAAACCUGUUUCUUAAAGACAAAAAGAAGAAAGGGUUCUGGCUGGUGACCGUCCUGCACAACAGGCAGGUCAAUUUGAACGAACUUGGUAAAAAACUGGGUGUUGGAAGUGGAAACCUAAGAUUUGCUGAUGAGAACGCCAUGCUGGAAAAGCUCAAAGUGGGUCAGGGCUGUGCCACGCCGCUCGCCCUCUUCUGUGACCAGGGGGAUGUAAGGCUGGUGCUGGAUGCUGCCUUGCUCCAUGGGGGCCAUGAAAAGGUGUAUUUUCAUCCAAUGACAAAUUCUGCAACCAUGGGCUUAAGCCCUGAUGACUUCCUGAAGUUUGUGAGAUCAACAGGCCACGAUCCCAUCAUCAUACACUUUGAUGAAGACAUUCAGUAGAGGAAGUUAAUUUUUCUACAACUACUCAUAUAUUUUGUAGAGCAAAACUGGUGAAAAAGCUCAUUACAAAUAAAACUUGAAAAAAAUGGCUUACUCCUUUUUCACUUGUUUCAGUUAUGUAAGUUUGUAUUGUAUAAUCUGGUGAGAAAAAAUACUGCCUUUCAGUUAUUAGAAGGUUAACAGUGUUCUUCAAAAGACAUUUUGCAAUCUACCACUAAGUAGCUAGUAAGUAGAAAAGGCAUUAUUUAAAUACUAUUGCAGUCUUUAUCAGUAAAUGGAUAAAACUAGAAUUUCACAGGCAUGGGACUGGCCUUGAAGGUUUAAACUUGACAUCACUAGGAAAGAACAAAUUCCAAGUUGUAGAACACUUGUCAAUACCCCCAGGACAGAGUGACUGUCCCUGCA